GAAGCUUCCAGGAGAUGGCAGUAGUAAAGAAGAAGAAGAGAACAAAGAAGAAGAAGAAGAAGAAGAAGAAGAAAAAAAAGGAAAAAAAACAGAAUAUGAAAACGAAGAAAUAGAAAUUAGCUUUCAAAGUUAACACAAAAAAAGUAAAGACAAAGAAACACCAAAAAGACAAACAACGCGUGUGAACGUUCUAUUAGACUUGUGCAGCGGAUGAACAGGAUGUUCCUGGUGUGUUUGUUACUUGGUCUGCUCGGCUCCCUGUCCCUGAUCUCAGGCCUGUCGGUGAUGAUCGGACACAUGGCCAGCGUUCCUUGUAAUCGUAUGUGUUCUGCAGUCCAAUGGUAUUGGAAGAAAAUCCCGGUCUAUAAUUUCACUGAAGGAAAUCUCAGGGUUGCUCCUGAGUUUGAAGGCAGGAUUAAGUUCUCUGAAGUAAACGUGAGAGAAGGAAACGUCUCCCUCACUGUAACCAGCGUGGAGUACAAUGACCGAGGCUGGUACGUGUGCUCCUGUGAUGGACAGAAGGACUGUGAUCACUACCUGGAUGUUCUUGUUCCAACUCAAUUCACUGCUGCUAUUGGAGAUAAAACGAUGGUGUCUUGCUACGCUGAAACGGACAAACUCGCAUCCGAAUCUAACGUCAACGUCCGAUGGGAAAAAGAUGACAAGCUGGUGGUGAAGCUUGAACACGGAGAGAUGGAGUUUGGUCCAGGAUUUGAGGAACGGUUUUCUGUCUCCAGAGAGGAUUAUAAGAGAGGAAACCUCUCUCUAAUCAUCGACAAUGUCAAGAGCUCUGAUGCUGGCAUAUACAAAUGUUCUGCUCUGAACGGAAAAAACAAAACCCCUGAGAUCGUCACUCUUAUGGUUACAGGAUGUUGGGGUUAAAUGCUGAGGAAACAUGAAUAUUUAAAACCUCUAAUCGAGUAGAACCUUUAACUUCAUCUUCAGCCUUUACCUUCAUCAAAUUGAGCUGAUCUUUUAAAUUAUAUCAAAUUCUCCAUCCAUCCAUCCAUCCAUCCAUCUUCUACCGCUUAUCCGAAACCGGGUCGCAGGGGCAGCAGUCUAAGCAGGGACGCCCAGACUUCCCUCUCCCCAGACACUUCCUCCAGCUCUUCUGAGGAAUACCGAGGAGUUCCCAGGCCAGCCGAGAGACAUAGUCCCUCCAGCGUGUCCUAGGUCUUCCCCGGGGCCUCCUCCCAGUUGGACAUGCCCGGAACACCUCCCCUGUAGGGAGGCAUCAAGGAGGCAUCAGGAACAGAUGCCCCGAGCCACCUCAGCUGACUCCUCUCGAUGUGGAGAAGCAGCGGCUCUACUCUGAGCUCCUCCCGAGUGACCGAGCUCCUCACCCUAUCUCUAAGGGAGCGCCCAGCCACCCUGUGGAGGAAACUCAUUUCGGCUGCCUGUAUCCGGGAUCUUGUGCUUUCGGUCAUGACCCACAGCUCAUGGCCAUAGGUGAGGGUAGGAACGUAGAUCGAUCGGUAAAUUGAGAGCUUCGACUUGAGGCUCAGCUCUUUCUUCACCACAACAGACCGGUAUAUCGACCGCAUCACUGCAGAAGAUACACCAAUCCGCCUGUCGAUCUCCCGCUCCACCCUUCCCUCACUCGUGUACAAGACCCCAAGAUACUUAAACUCCUCCAAUUCUAUUAAUAAUAAAUCUUUUCAAACAUAAAACAUGUCUUUAACAUUUAUUUAAACACUGAGCUUCUGUGUGAAGUUUUUUUUAACUCAUUUGUAUUGAUUCUUCUUUAGUUCCUCCCACUGAUGUUCAACAUGUUUUAAAUCUGAAGAUAAAAGUUCCUCUAUACUUUGUUUAAAUGUUAUAUUAAUAUUUUAAAAUGAUUUCAUGCAAGACUGAAUUCUACUGAAAGGGAACUGAGUUGAGUUGUUGAUGUGAUUCAGAGUCAUUUGUUCUUUCCUCUACUAGCACGUGACACCGUCAGUGUGGUGAGCGUUUACAUAUUCAUCUUCCUAGCUGGUGCUGCUGGUGGUGUUCUUUUGGCAAAUUGGAGAAAACUAGCUGCACUUCUCUGUUGUCGGAAGUAUCGGCACCAGCCAGUCUAAGGAGCUGAGGAGAAAUGAAACAGCUGCUAAUUUUAUGUUUUUUUUACCUUGAAGUCAUCUUUGUUAUUUGUUUGCAGAUAUUAUUUUUAUCUUCUUACUUUAUCUUUUGUUUUCACAGCAGAAUAUUUUAUAAACAAAAGUCUGUAAGUAGCUCAAUGGUUAAGGCUAUGGGUUACUGAUCAGAAGGUCAAACCUGAGCGCUUUUAAUCUGCACCUUACCUCUUACUCUUACUUCUUACCCUUACCUCUUACAUCUUACCCUUACCUCUUAUCCUUACCUCUUACCUUUUAUUCUUACUUCUUACCCUUACCACAUACCCUUACCUCUUAUCCUUACCCUUACCUCUUAUCUUUACCUUUACCUCUUAUCCUUACCCUUACCUCUUAUACUUAACCCUUACCUCUUAUCCUUACCCCUUACCUCUUAUCCUUACCCCUUUCCUCUUAUCCUUACCCUUACCUCUUAUCCUUACCUCUUAUACUUAACCCUUACCUCUUAUCCUUACCCCUUUCCUCUUAUCCUUAUCCCUUUCCUCUUACCCUUAUCCCU